UUGUACAGGUUGGGCAACUGGUGUCCGCAACAGUUGUGCAGUGAAGCCAGAGGACCGAAGACGUACGUUGACACCCGCUAACUUUUGUACCUUGAGGAACCUUACUUCUAGGAUUCUACCAUGCCUAACUGCCCGAGAUGUGACAAGCCCGUCUACUUCGCCGAGCGGAAAUUCUCCCUGGGCAAGGACUGGCACGCGUUCUGCCUCAAAUGCGAGAAGUGUAAGAAGACUCUGACCCCAGGCGGCCAUUCGGAACAUGACGGCAAGCCUUACUGUACAACCCCUUGUUAUGGGGCGCUGUUUGGACCUGGAGGUUACGGUCGUGGAGGCACGCAGAGCUUCAAGUACGAAAAAUAGUGGAUUCUGGAGCUUCAAGAAUACGAUAAGAUAACUAAGGGGGCUCGGAUAAGCUUUGCUUGAUGUAGUCCUCAUGAAGAGUUUAGUCCUUGGAGGAAAUAAAGAAAGAGUUUUAUUCUCAUAAAAACCUUUA